CUGGGUUUGAUCCCAGUGCUACGAAAAAGAAGGAGAAGGAGAAAGAGAGAGAGAGAGAGAGAGAGAGAGAAAGAAAGAAAGAAAGAAAGAAAGAAAGAAAGAAAGAAAGAAAGAAAGAAAGAAAGAAAGAAAGAAAUCUAGUACAAAUGGUUGAUUGGGGGGUUAUCUCAGGACAUAUCAGUUGCAGAAUGAGAAAGCAAAGCAGGGAAGGAGAAGUAACCAGGAAGAGAUGUGUUUUCUAGCAAGUUUCCACUGUGAGCAACCAAGGUUUAAGCCCACUGGGGGACAGUGGAGGACACAUAUCUCAGAGUUAUCCCACCCAAGAGGUUGAGGGUCAUUGACAACGAGGAAGUAUUAAUUUGAUGGCACUUUUGGAAUGCUUGUCCCCUGGGUGAAUUAGUCUCAGUUUGCUAGAGAAAAUCCUCCAGCAAAAAAUGCAGGGUAUUGGGAGCUGGGAAUGGGGCUGGUGUACAGUAGAAGAGUAAAGGCCCAGAUGAUGUGGUGGGACACAGUCUUGACACGUGUACAGUGAGUGGUGUGAGUGUGGUCUGAAUGACAUGUCUAAGGUGGACAUAUCUGAGGUGUAUGUACACGUGCAUAAAUACAUCCAGCUCCAGAAGAAGGGUCUUUGGCUCUCACUAAAGGCCCCCCCCAGCCCCGCCACCUUGAUUUAAUCACUCCACGUGGCACAUAUACCAUAACAUCACAUUGUACUUCACAAAUGGAUACAAUUACAAUUUAUCAGUUAAAAAUAAAGAUAGGACCAGGAGUGUAGCUCAGUGUUAGAGCAGUUGCUUAGCAUGCAUGAGGCCCUGGGUUUGAUUCCCAGCACCACAAAAUAAAUAAAUAAAAUUUUAAAAUAAAAAUAAUUGCCAGGUAUAGUGGUGCAUGCCUGUAAUCCUCAUGAUUCAGGAAACUGAGGCAGGAAGAUCACAAAUGUCAAUCUCAACAAUUUAGCAAGACGCUGUCUCAAAUAAAAAAUAUUUUAGCCAGGUGUGGUGACACAUGCCUAUAAUCCCAGAGGCUCGGAAGCCUGAGAUAGGAGGAUCACGAGUUCAAAACCAGCCUCAGCAAAAGCGAGGCAUUAAGCAACUCAGUGAGACCCUGUCUCUAAAUAAAAUACAAAAUAAGGCUGGGAGGUGGCUCAGGGGUUGAGUGUCCCUGAGUUCAAGCCCCAGUACCCCAAAAUAAAUAAAUAUAAUAUUUUUUAAAGUUUUAAAGUAGCUCAGUGGUAAACUCCAGUACCAAAAACUAAAAGUUAAUUAAUUAAUUAAAAAUAAUUACAAAAAAAAGACCCUCCUGUUCAGAGAGGGCUACAGAGUUUUCAAGGCCCAGUGUGAAAUAAAGAUAUAAGAUCUCUUGUUCAAAGUAAGCAUUUCAAGAUGAUGACAGCAAAGUGUUAAACUAAGCAUGGGACCUUUCUGUGUCUGGGGUCCUUUGUGACCGUCCAGGACCAUAUACCCAUGGAGUCAGUCCUGUCUUUCCUGCUCCAUGGAUUCUUUUUUUUUUUUUUCUUCUUUCUUCAGUACUGGACAUUGAACCGAAGACCUCACACAUGCUAAACAAAUGCUCUACCACUGAGCUGCAUUCCCAGCCCUUUUUACUUUGAGAUAGGAUCUUGCUAAUUUGCCUACACUGGCCUUGAUGUUGAGACCCUCCACCUCAACCCCCAGAGUUGCUAGGAUUACAGGCAUGCACUACUAUGCCCACCUGCCACUCCAUGGAUUCUUGUUAUCUUUGCCUUUGCACAAACUGUUGCUUUUCCUUGGUAUGAUCUUCUAAUUUCUUUUAUGCUUCAGGUUGCAAAGAUAUUGCAAAGAACAGAGAAGUCCUCCUGAAUUUUUCCAGCUCAAAGAGCAUCACUGCUGCUCAGCCUUAUUUCCCUCCAAGUCCACCUCACCAGUGAGAAACAUCCUCUAUUUGCAUUCAUUAUCUGUAUCCCCCAAUAUACUGGGAGCUCCAGGAGAGUAGGAACCAAGUUCAUGUAGUUCCCAGUGGCUUCUUCAGUACCUAGCACACAGCAGGCACUCAGGAAACAUUUGUCAAAUAAACGAAGGCUCGCAUGAUGAACCUUUUGAAACUGAUAUUAUCAUCUUGUACAAAUAAGGAAACCGAGGCUCAGACAAAGGAAGUGACUUGUCUGAGGUUACAUAGCGAGAGAGGGACCAGCUGGCACUCAAACCCACCCCUGUCCAGCUUCUGGGCCAUAGUGAUGCUGACUCACUCAUUUAUCAUAACAGCUUUUUUUCUGCCCCCAUUUUCAAGUAAACAUUUAUUGAAGCGUAAGAUACAGGACAGUGCACCAAACCAUGUAACUUGACGAAUUUUCACAACAGAACACACCCAAGUAACCAGCACUGAGCUCAAAAACUAGAACAUGUUAAACAUGUGUCACAUGAAUUUCACUUCCAUUUAAGGAACAACAACAACAAAAAAUGUCAUGGUGGUGCACAUCUGUAAUCAGAGUUACUCUGGAGGUUGAGGCAAGAAAAUGGAAAAGUUUGGGGCCAGCCUGGGCAACUUAGCAAAACCCUGUCUCAAAUUAAAAUUUUAAAAGGUGGGAGGAGCUGGAAGUAUAGCUCAGUCACAUAUCGCCUGCCAAGCAUCAUGCCAAAGGAAAGAGAGAGAGAGAGAGAAGACUUUCUCCCAUUUCUAUAAGGAGAUCAUGCCAAACAUUUUUCCAGUAUAAGUGAAUCAAUCUACACUGGCUAGCAUCAGAUGAGAACUCUCAGUGCUCCAUAUCCUUACCAACAUUUAUUCAGCAUGUGCCCAUUUUGCAGAGAAGCCAACUGAAUUUCAGGGAGAAAAGCAUGUGUUGCCUUCCGGUCAGUGAGGGAUUCUGGGACCUUCUUGCCAGAAAUGUACUCUGCUGCCUUCCCUCUGCCACCUACCCUCCAUCCCCGCCCCUGCAUCCUGCCCCUUCUGUGCCCUCCCAGCCUGGCUGUGGUGUGGGGUGGGACAGACAGGGUCACGUGGACCUGGGUUCAGCGGGAGGAAGCCAGGCAGGGUGCAGAAAGCUGCUGAUUCUGGGGCUGGCCAGGAAAUCAAGUCCUACAGGAGAGCCUCCACCAUGGAGUCACCCAGACAGAGCUCCCAAACCCAGCCCGCUGCCCCACCUCUGCCGACAUCCUACCGCUGGCACACAGGAGGUGGAGGGGAGAAGGGGACUGGUGGGUUCCGCUGGGGCCGCUUCGUUGGUUGGGGAAGAGCACUGAGCCACCAGGAGCCCAUGAUUAGCAGCCAGCCAGCCCCCCGCUUGCUGUUCCGUCGGGUCCUCUCUGCACCCCCCAAGGAGUCACGGACCAGUCGCCUCAGGCUAUCCAGGACCCUCUGGGGAAGACAUAAGCACCCACCGCAGGAGCCAGAGCUGGAGCCAGAAGCCCCAGAUCCAGAGCCGGAGCCUCAUGUCCCACAGAUCCCUGAGGCCCCCACCCCUGAUGUGCCUGUCUGGGAUAUUGGGGGCUUCACCCUGCUUGAUGGAAGGCUGGUGCUGCUCGGGGGCGAGGAGGAAGGUCCUCGCCGGCCAAGGGUGGGAAGUGCCAGCUCAGAAGGCAGCAUGCAAGUGGCCAUGGGAAACCUCAGGGAUGCAGAUCGGACCCUUGGAAAGGCAGAGCCAGAGGCUGCUGGCUCCAACCAGGUCCACAAUGUUCGGGGGUUGCUCAAGAGGCUGAAAGAGAAGAAAAAGGCCAGGUCUGAGCUGGGAGCCAAUACCUCCAGGGAUGGUACUAUGGGCUCUAAAGAAUCACUGGCCACACUCUCUGAGCUGGACCUGGGUGCCGAACGGGAGGUGCGGGUCUGGCCACUGCACCCCAGCCUCCUGGGAGAGCCCUACUGUUUCCAGGUAACGUGGGUGGGCGGUAGCCGCUGCUUCUCCUGUCGCUCGGGCGCUGAGAGAGAUCGCUGGAUUGAAGAUCUUCGUCGCCACUUCCAGCCCAGUCAGGACAACGUGGAGCGGGAAGAGACGUGGCUGAGCGUGUGGGUGCACGAGGCGAAGGGGCUGCCCCGAGCGGCUGGGCCAUCGGGCGUGCGAGCCGAGUUGUGGCUAGAUGGCGCGCUGCUGGCGCGCACCGCACCGCGGGCUGGCCCAGGCCAGCUCUUCUGGGCCGAGCGCUUCCACUUCGAGGCGCUGCCACCGGCCCGUCGGCUGUCACUGAGGCUUCGCGGCGGAGGCUCAGCGGGAGCAGAUCUGGGCCGUGUGACGCUGAAUCUGGAGGAGCUGAGCGCUCCCCGAGCGCCCGCGGCGGGACUGGAGCGCUGGUUCCCGCUGCUGGGGCAGCCAGCAGGUGCGGCCCUGCGGGCGCGAAUCCGGGCCAGACGCCUACGGGUGCUGCCGUCGGAGCGCUACAAGGAGCUGGCGGAGUUUCUCACCUUCCACUACGCGCGCCUCUGCGGAGCGCUCGAGCCCGCGCUCCCUGCGCAGGCCAAGGAGGAGCUGGCAGCCGCCAUGGUGCGCGUGCUGCAGGCCACCGGCCGGGCGCAGGUGUUGGUAACAGACCUGGGCACUGCCGAGCUCGCACGCUGUGGAGGCCGUGAGGCACUGCUGUUCCGAGAAAACACAUUAGCCACCAAGGCCAUUGAUGAGUACAUGAAGCUAGUGGCCCAGGAUUACCUCCAGAAGACCCUAGGGGAGGUUGUUCAGCAUCUCUGUGCCUCCACUGAGGACUGUGAGGUGGACCCCAGCAAGUGCCCAGCAUCAGAGCUGCCCCAGCACCAGUCCAGACUUCGAAGCAGCUGUGAGGAGGUCUUUGAAACCAUCAUUCACUCCUAUGACUGGUUCCCGUCAGAGCUGGGCACUGUCUUCUCAAGCUGGAGAGAAGCAUGCAAAGCACGUGGCUCCGAGGCACUGGGCCCCCGACUAGUGUGUGCCUCCCUCUUCCUGAGGCUCCUAUGCCCUGCUCUCCUGGCACCCAGCCUCUUUGGCCUGGCACCAGAGCACCCAGCACCUGGUCCAGCUCGCACCCUCACAUUAAUUGCCAAAGUUAUCCAGAACCUCGCCAACCGUGCCCCGUUUGGUGAGAAGGAAGCCUACAUGGGCUUCAUGAAUACCUUCCUGGAAGAUCAUGGACCAGCUAUGCAACACUUCUUGGACCAGGUGGCCAUGGUGGAUGUGAAUGCUGCACCCAGUGGCUACCAAGGCAGUAGCGACCUGGCUCUCCAGUUGGCAGUCCUGCAUGCCCAGCUCUGUACGAUCUUUGCUGAGCUUGACCAGACAACCCGUGACAGCUUGGAACCACUGCCCACCAUCCUGAGGGCCAUCGAGGAGGGCCAGCCUGUCCCUGUAUCUGUGCCAAUGCGUCUUCCAUCACCCCAGGUCCAUUCCAGUUUCUCCGCAGGGGAGAAGCCCGGCUUCUUGGCCCCCCGGGACCUCCCCAAGCACACCCCUCUCAUCUCCAAGAGCCAGUCUCUGCGCAGCUUUCACGGUGCAGGGAGUUGGGCCCGGCCCCGACCCGAUGAGGAGCGCCCCCCGCGGCGCCCCCGGCAAGUGCAGCGCACCCAGAGCGUCCCCGCCGGGCGCCCUGCCCGCCGCCGUCCAUCUGCCGGGCCCCGGCCGCGACCCAAAGGCUCCCUGCACGCCGGCCCCGCGCCCCGCGGCCGACCCUGGACGGGGGCCUCUGCCUCGCUGCCUCGGAAGCCAUCGGUGCCCUGGCAGCGCCAGCUGGACCAGCCGCGGGACCGAGACCAGGCUCUGGGCUCGCACCGCCCGGUGGGCAAGGAACGUUAUAUGGCAGAACCGUGGGGAAGCAGAUCAGGAUCUCUGGGGAAAGGAAGAAACGAGAUGACGCUUCAGAUAACAGCUGCUGUCUCCCCACAGUUGGCAGAGCUACAGUGCGAAGUGGCGGCGCUUCGCGAGGAGCAGAAAGCAUUGUCCCGCCUCGUGGAAUCACUAAGUACCCACAUCCAAGCUUUGACCGAGCAGCAGGAGCAGCUGCGGUGUCAGCUGCAGGACCUAGACUCUAGGCUCAGUCCUAGGGCAUUGCAGUCGAAUCCAGAGGGUGGUCUUUCAAGUAGUGAGGGUCACAGGCUGAAAAAUAUGGAGCGCCGCCUGACUAACAUGGAGCAUACUCAGGCCCAGCUGAGGGAUGCUGUUCAGAACCUACAAUUUCGUCCAAAGAUACCAGAGUCACGGAGUCAGCCCCUGCCUCUCAAAGAACCUUGCAUCAAUGGAGAUACCACCUGAGCUGCCCAUUCUCUAUCCCAUGUGGUCUGGGAGCAGAGAGCCGACUUAGGAGGGUAUCUGACCCUGCCUUUAGCCCUAUGUGACCUACAGUGGAGAGUGGCACUGUAGGUGCCAACCAACCACUCUGGCACUAUGAGGUUGCCCAGUAAAAUCUUAAUUUCAGUAAAAUCAGUGGUUUGUUUGUCCCUAAGGUUUGCUAAUCACGGAGUAACCCCUCACCCCCAUUCAGUUCUCCCAAAUUCUCUCCUAAUUUGAGGUCUCAUGGAAGGGAAAUGUAAGCACAUUCUCACCAGCUAUGUGACCUUAGGCCAUCACUCUAGAAGCCUUUAUUUCAUUGUCUAUAAAAUGGAUCUGAAGUUCUCCUACACCGUGGAAGACCCCUAAAAGUAUUCAAAAAAAGGUAUUCAUCAUUGGUAUAGGCAGUACCUGUUUCUCAAGGAAGCAUGGGUCCUACAACCCAUUUAUCCCAUACCACCCUCCCUACCUAAUCCUCAGGCUCCAGAUAAGAGAAUUCUCCUAAACCCCAAAUCCCAAACCAGCUCCCUCAUGGCAUGGAGAGCGUAGUCUGGGAGGCAGAUGAAGGAAGGGUAAGGAAAUGUGAAGUUCUGUGGGUGAAUGGUGAGUAAAUUAGUAGGCCUUUAAAUCAUGGGUGAGGGGUAGGGUGGAAUAUUAGGCAGGUGAAUAGGUUAGUAUUUGUUGGAUGUUUGACCUAUAGAUGACUAGUUAGGUAGGCAGGUAACCAGGAUGGAUAUGUCUACUUAGAAAAGACCUGGCUCAUAGUAGGAAAUAAAUAUUUGAAUUAGUUAAGUGAUUAUAUA